AAAUGAAUGGCCUAUUUAACGGAACUUCAGUUAAAAAGCUGCUAGGUUGGAGGAUUGGCGAAGAGGAAGAGAAGUUUGCUGAGAAAGCUGUGGAAACUCUUGUAAAAAAGUUAAAGAAGAAGAAUGGUGGUAUUGGCACUCUAGAAGAUCUAGAGUACGCCUUAGCCCAUCCAGGGUCACAUUCCAAAUGUGUUGCGCUGCCAAAGAGCCAAGAUGGUCGCCUUCAGGUAUCGCACAGAAAGGGAUUACCACACGUGAUUUACUGCCGGGUAUGGCGUUGGCCUGAUCUGCAGUCUCAUCAAGAGUUGAGACCUAUUCCUGAAUGCCUCUACCCCCAUGAUCACAAUAACAAAACUCCGUAUGUGUGCAUCAAUCCGUAUCACUAUCAGAGAUUGGAUCAGUCACGGAACGCACACUUCAGCUACUCUCCACCGAUUCCAUCACCUACUGGUACAACUUUUCCAAGACGUACAAUUGUAGCUCAGAUACUUUCUUCAGUGUCGACAGCAGGCUCAUCCCCAUCCUGUUCCGCUCGCAUGGACAUGGCGUCACCCUCGAAUAUCCCGUCAUCUUCAAGCUCCCCCGAGUACGACAUGGCUUUCAGUCCCUCGUCAAUGCUAUCUGAGGAAGAUGUCAAUCGAAUGGAUCAGGUCAGUCCCUACACAUCUCCGCCUACCCAGUAUUGGGCCACUAUAUCGUACUACGAACUGAACAGCAGAGUCGGCGAAUAUUUUAAGGUCAGUCCCUAUACAUCUCCGCCUACCCAGUAUUGGGCUACCAUAUCGUACUACGAACUGAACAGCAGAGUCGGCGAAUAUUUUAAGGUCUAUAAGAACGAGUUGAUAGUGGAUGGUUUCACGGAUCCCAACUCUGACGAUCGCAUUUGUCUCGGGCUUCUCUCAAACGUUAAUCGAAAUCCUACCAUUGAGAACACACGGCGACAUAUAGGAAAAGGCAGCCUGGUGUACACAAGCGACUAUGAUCUCUACAUACAAAAUCUCUCCGAGUCAUCCAUCUUUGUGCAGUCGCGAAAUUUGAACUACAACAUGCAUCAGGAACAGACUACUGUAUGUCGUGUGCCUGCUCAUAGUGCAGCUGUCUGCGUUUUCAGCAACAUCGUUUUUCAGCAGGUAUGUUAUUAUUCGAUCGUUCUAUUGAAAUGUUACUCAGAUAUUGUUUAGAU